GCAUCUCAAAAAGUUUUAAGAAAUGGCUCAACCUAAAGUUAGCAAAAUAAGUAUCUGUGCUGUCCUCUUUUGCUUUCUUCUUAUGUUUGCUUCUGAGGUGCAAAUAACAGAAGCAAAACACUGUGGGAAGCCUAGCAAAAGCUGGAAUGGGAAGUGCUUUCCCAAGAAGUGUAACCAUUGGUGCAAGAACAAGGAAGAUGCAGAUUAUGGCAAUUGCUAUCAUGGAGAUUGCUAUUGCUAUUACCAUUGCUGAAAAUAAAUGGAUCUG